AUGGGCAAAGGACCGUUGGAGCGGAAGCUCCAAUUUGACAAGAAGAACCAUGACCUUGUCAGAUUACCGAAAUACGCGAAAGUAGAAAAGCGCCCUAUUCCCCACCCGCCUAUCGCCUCUCCCUACGCUGGGGACUCUGUACCAAAGGUCGUCUAUGUUUCAAGCGGAACGCCAUUCAUGAGUGCGGUGAAGCGUGUUCAAAAACUUCUCCACCAAGCCGAAAAACGCGCCACUGCCAACAUCAAUCUGGAAGACACACGCAAGACAGAGCAACAAAAGUUAGCAGAGUUGGCGAAAGCUGCCGACAAGCGCGAAGAGAUUCUAAUCAAGGCCACCGGACGGGCUAUCGAAAAGGCACUCAAUGUAGGCAAAUGGUUCGAGGAGAAAGAUACAGAAUACUCUGUGCGAGUAACGACGGGAAGUGUGCUCGUUGUUGAUGAUGUGGUUGAGGACGAGAACAAGAAGAAACAAGAAGCGGAAGGGGCUGCCCGAAAACAAGGGAAAGAACAGGCCACAUCAAGUGAACCUCUUUCUCAAAAGGACGACAUCGAAGCUGGGAAAUCGAAACAAGCCAUUAACACCGCUUCAAAGAAAAAGAAAACAAUCGGCUUUAGCUUUUAG